GAAAGCUCCAUUCAUGGCCGCCACUGCAAUUGCUUCUGGUUUCCUCCUCAUCCACAUGACCACAGGAGAAGGGAAUAGAUGAAAGUGGAGAAGUGAAGGCUCCCUUGCCCAUUUCGACAAGAUUCCAUUUUGUUUCCUCCUAUUGGUUUAAGGUUACAAAACCCGUACCCGGUAGCCGGUUGUCGGUUGCAAUUUGCUCUCAAUUAGAUAGCUCCACGACCACGGGUUGGUGUGGGAAACCUUCUCAAUGGUGACUUCGAUUUGAAAUUUGUCGUGUUAAGUCAAUACUUUCCUGAAAUCAUUUUCUUCCCGGAAAAAUUGGAAUUCGUACGUUGAAUUGGGAAUUUGCUAUCCGAUGUUGGAUUGUGGAUUCUACGAUAAUUUUUGCGCCUAGUUUCAUACUACUAUUAGCUCUGCGAUCAAAUUAGGGGGAAAAAUUCGACGCCUCAAUGGUAGCGGUUUGGUAGUUCUGCUUGAGUUCUUUCGCUCUGAGAUUGGCGUUCGUAAAUACUCGCGUGCAGGUUUUUGCGCUUGAACUGUGUUGUUAGUAUUGGGGAUCUAAAAUGGAAACAAGAUGGUAUGAUAGCAAACCGGAAGCAAGCAAUCACGAUAAACAGCAACGAGAGGAGGUUUAUGAGGGUUCUCUCACUGAGGAUAUGAGAGAGGAUUUUCGUCUUCCGAUUGGUCACAGGCCAACUGAAAAUCCUGAUCUAGAUAGUGUGGAGCAGGCAUCAUUGGAGACACAGCUUACAUCAUCUAACAUAGGGUUUAGGCUUCUCCAGAAGAUGGGCUGGAAAGGGAAGGGCCUUGGCAAAGAUGAACAAGGAAUAGUUGAACCAAUAAAAGCUGGCAUGAGAGAUCCCAAAUUAGGAAUUGGGAAACAAGAGCAAGAUGAUUUUUUCACUGAUGAAGAGAAUGUUCAACGGAAAAAACUUGAUGUUGAGCUAGAGGAGACUGAGGAGAAUGCAAAAAAGCGAGAGGUGAUAGCAGAACGUGAGCAGAAAAUUCAAACCGAGGUGAAAGAAAUACGGAAAGUGUUCUAUUGUGAUCUUUGCAACAAGCAGUACAAAUUGGCCAUGGAAUUUGAAGCUCACCUUAGUUCAUAUGACCACAAUCACCGUAAGCGAUUUAAAGAAAUGAAAGAGUUGCAUGGUAGCAGCAAUCGUGAUGACAGGCAAAAGAGAGAACAACUACGUCAGGAAAAGGAGAUGGCCAAGUUUGCUCAGAUUGCAAAUGCCCAUAAGCAACUACAGCAAGACCAAUCCGGGGCAACUCCGAUUACCAAAGCAGUGGGAAGUGCUACUGCUACUGCACUUGAAGAUCUGGACCAGCGGAAGACAUUGAAGUUUGGGUUUUCUUCUAGAGGUGCUUCAUACAAGAACUCAGUUGGCGCUGCUUCAAAGAAGUCGAAAGUAUCGGUGAAGGUAUCAUCAGUUUUUGGGAAUGAGAGCGACGAAGAAUAGCACACUUGAUAGUUCAGCAGUGACUGCUCAGUCUGCUCAUACUCGCAUCAUUUUUUUGGUGAUUUACUUGAUGGGAAUUACAUGUCAAUCAUUGAAAAAAAAAUGCUCAUAAAACAGUUCAAGUGGCUAAGAUAUAUUGUACUUGAAAUAAUCAGGGUCCUUUCCUAUGACUACUCAUGUCUUGUACUGUAAAUUAAACCUCUUAUCACCUUGGCUAUGUUAUAUUUUCAUUGAUGUUACCGACCAA